AUGACCAAUCCUCACACAGGAGUUGAGAUGCUCAGGACCGUUGAAACUUCACAAGCUUCUGCUUUGCAGAGGGCUGGGCGUGCAGGGCGUGAAGCUCCGGGAGAAGUCUUUCGACUUUAUGUCGAGUCAGAAUAUCACAAGAUGCCUGUUCAGACACCCGCUGAAAUUCUUCGUUGUGAAAUGGCUGAAGUCUACAUGCAACUCAAGGCUCUUGGCGUGGCAAAGGUUGUGGGAUUUCCGUUGGUCGACAAACCCCCACGAGAAGCCUUGGAGAAGGCCGCACAUUUUCUAUGUCGCAUUGGCGCUUUGGAUACAAGAGAUGACUUGACCGAUCUGGGCCGAAAGCUGGCCACGAUGCCUGUGAGCCCUCUGUACGCGCACUGUUUGCAUGUAUCCUUUGAGUUUGAGUGUACUGCUGAGAUCCUCAGCAUCGUAGCGAUGUUGUCAGCAGAUGCCCAGAUCUUCAUCACCUCCAAGAAGGAGCGAGAUGGCGCAAAAGCCAAGGCAUUUCACCACGAGGAUGGUGACCAUCUCUGUUUGCUCUCAGCAUUCAGUCAGUGGAAGAAGCAUCAGCAUCAAAAGGCCUUUGCUUCGCAGAAUGGUCUCAAUCAUGCUGCUCUGGAGAAGUCUGUGACGAUUCGCAAUCAACUGAAAGAUGUCUUGCACCAAGCAUGGGGAGCAUCCCAAAUUCCCAGCUGUGGCGGGCCCAAGAACUGGAUGACGGUGCGCAGAUGCCUUUUGAAGGGCCUGUUCACACAGACAGCGCGACGAGAUGAAGUGAAUCAGAAUUCCUACCGGACCUUUCUCUCAAGACAGGAGGCCAGACUGCAUCCUUCAAGUGUGCUUCACCGACGUCAACCACCACCGCCCUGCGUUGUCUACACCGAGUUGUUCGUUACAGCCAAGAGCUAUUUGCGAACAGUUACCGAGGUGGAUCCUGCCUGGCUUCCAGAACUUUGUCCUCGUUUCUUCAGCACAGGUUAA